GUGUGGAUGAGAUGGAUUCAUUGGACGGCCGCAAACAUCACCGGUUCGCAAGCCUAUAAAUAGGAGCCCACCGAUAGCCGAAGUUGUGUCGUCCACCAGCACACUCUUAUAAACCCAUCUAAAAUAGCGUACAUCCAGAAAAAAAACUUGAAAAACCUCAUCCUUAAAAUGAAAGCUUCUACCACUGCCAUCCUUCUAGUCGCCUUUGCGCUCUCUGGCGUGAUGGGUGCUAAGGCUCCUAAAAGUCCCAUGACUCCUAAAAGUCCUACGACUCCUGCAGUUGACCCUCACUCGGCAUGUUACAAUUACUUCUUGAAGAAAGACCUGUGUGUUCAUGCUUCCCAAGACCCAGCCCAUAGAUGUAAAGGGGACACGGCCUCCCAUGCAUUAGAAGGAGCCCGGCUGAUGACUGUCCAGACUGGAUUGGAGCGCCGAUACGAUAACAACAGGCCGGUUGGGGUCGUCCAGAAGGCCAAGUUAGCUUGGAGUUGUGAAAGACCUAAGAAUCCUGAUGCUUCCUGGAAAUAUGGUGUAUGCGUCUGGGCCGGGGCUGGCAGUGCGAAGACUAGCACCGGUUGGCUCGACGAGAACAACAAAUCUAACUGUGGAAAACAAGUUUAUAUCCAACGACGAAAUGACAUUAACAAUCCCAAGUAUGCCAGAAUUAUCGGUGGCUGUGAUUUUGGAGGAGUGGAUCCGAGUGUAGGAUGCUUCAACGUUGCACUUGACCAAAACUUGUUUGACGCAUUCAAUCCGACUGCUGCCGAAAAGAAUUCGCAAAGCAUAGCCGACAUCACUUGGGACUUCAACGCCCUUGGAGGAAACAAACCCAACCCAGACGGUGCAAACUGAGCAAGAUGUAUCCCAAUCUCGCCUUUUGGCUCUCCCCGUGCUUCUUGGUCUUUUCUCCUUUUCAUUUUAUACCC